AUGAAUCCGUUAAUAAAUUUGAAUUUUUUCAACAACGCGUUAUUCCUAACCAUCGUUUCAACGUAUUUAUUUAUAUGUAACGCAUUUAUACUUUUUUCUCAUUCGUCAGCUUCUUCCCAUGGAAACGCACAAUUAUUCGAUUUAAAUUCCGGAUAUUUGUAUCAACUCACAACGACAAUUAUUUUAAACGAAUCUGAAUUCGUCGUGGCAAAGGGAAAAGAUGUCGGUUAUCAAAUACAAUGUGAUGUUAUCGUGGGAGUACCGUGGCAAAAUCCAAAUGAUAAAAAUGAAAAAUUAUUCGAAAUGAAGGUGAAAGAACCAAAACUUUUGGUACAAUCCAAAAAGGAAAAUGUUCAUCAUCGUGGUUUCGAAGUACACAAAUCCAAAUUGGACGAAAUUGUAAUUCAUCCUUUUCUCGUACACUGGAAAAAUGGAAAAAUAAAUGGCGUUUACAUAUACGAAAAAGAAAAUUUAUCUUUUGAAAAUUUCAACAAAGGAAUCGCGAGUCUUUUCCAAUUUCAGGUAACUGACACGGAAAUCGAAGAAAGGGAUGCGUCGGGAAAUUGUUUGGUUUCUUACAAGACCAUCGAUUCCUUUUCUUUUAGUAAAACUAAAACGAAUUGUCAAAGUUCGCAUGGAAGGAACAAAAAGAAAAGUUUCGAACCUGUUUUAAAUGCGAAUGUAACUUCAUCAAGAACUUAUACGUAUAAACUGUCGGAAAAUAUAAACGCCGUGGAAUCCGUGACGAGUUUCGAACAUCACAACGUCAUCAUGCCGAUAAAAAAAGAAGCCGGAGGUUCCGUUUUGGCAACACAAUAUUUAGUUUUGAACGGUAAUCCGUUCAAGGUGGAGUCACUUAAAAGUUCAAAUUUGGAAAAUGCUUUGACUGAAUAUUCGACAGCAGGAAAAUUUAAAUUGGUAAAACAGGAUUUGGAAUUAAGGAGUCCUUCGACGAAUUGCGACCAAGAGGAUUGUCCUUCUUUACCCAAAUUAAUAAAAGAAAAUCGGGAAAAUUUAUCGGAAAAUAAUUUGGGAACGUCAAAAUCAGCAUCAGCUUUUGUUAAACUCCUUUCGGCGGCACGAACGGCUUCGAAAGAUGAUUUGGCAAAAGCUUUUAAGGGUAGCAAAAAUAAAGAAAUACUAACUCAGUUAUGCGAUUUGGCUGGAGCCGUACAAACGAAAGAAUCUCACGAAAUUAUAAUGAAAUUGAUCAAGUUGAAUUCUUUCGAAGAUUUCGAUAAAAUCGAACGUUAUUUAUGGUCUUUAGCCAACGGAAUUCGCCCGGAAGAAUCUGUUUUGAAAGACAUUUUCAAAAUGACAAAAAUGAAACACGACAAUGAAAAAUUAGAAGAAACGUUAAUUUUAACAACGGCAGCAAUGGCGCACAGAUUUUAUAAAUAUUACCAAGACGAAAAUCAUCCUCUGGUGAAAGAGAUAAGCGAUUACGUAUUGAACCAGUUGGAAAAUUGUCAGGACGAAUACUGUAAAGUUAAAUAUUUGAAAACUUUGAGAAAUUUAAAAUUGUCCAGAUCGAUUCCAGUUUGCGCGAGUCAUGCUCUCAAGGGUAAAACCAAACCUGGCGUUGAAGGAAUGAAAUGUUUGAAAUCAUUCGAAUCCUCUUUUUGGAACGAUAACGUUUUAGACACGGCUCAAAGAAUUUAUUUUCAAGUCGGUAAAAAAUACGAUUCCAGCAGUAGAACAUUAGCAUUGGACAUUCUUUUGGAAUCGAAUCCAAGUAGAGAAAUAUUAAAAGAUUUGUUGCUUUCCCUCGCCGAACGUGAUCGUGAAUAUGAAGUUAAACAAUACUUGGUACAAAGAGUUAAAGAAAUAUCUGAAAGAAACGAUGAAUUUUUCAAAUUAGUUAAUUCGAUUAAGAAAGAAUUAGCAGACGUUCUUGGAAAUUACAACGUCGCAGCACAAAGAGGAUUGACAACGGCAUUCUCCAGAAGUUUUUUAAACGACGAGUAUAGAAAUGGAAGUCUGUCGACCGUUUUAGAAAUAUCAAAAGGAUUGUUAAAAAGAGGAAUUGUUGAUGUGGUCGUUGAAAAUGGUGGAAAAAGCACAAGUCUUUUCUCACUUGGAUUGUUUGCUGGAGGAUUAAGUUCUUUUAUUUCGUCGGAUGGUGAAAGCGAAGAACAAGAAGAAAAUGAUGUCGCAACUGCAGGAAUGGAACUGUCUGUAUUAAAUGCUCAAAUCAGACCAUUUGUUUUUUUUAGCGGACAAGGAGAACUCAUGGGUCACGUGUGGUCUGGAACGGCAUCAGAAAAAACUCCAGCAUAUCAAGCCAUUAUUUUAGCAAUUGAUUAUUUAGAAAACAUUCCACUACAAAAUGGCUUCCUAUUGAACCUUGAAGUUUUAGGUUCGGUUUCUUUUGAUCUCUCUGGACAAAUAGAAAUAAGUCUUUGGAAUAAAAAUGCUCAUUCUUUAGUUGAAAAAGAUGCUGGAAUGUCACUACAAGGACAAAUGAGAGUAAAUUCUGAUUUUGUUAAAACAAAACUUGAAUUUAACGUAGAAUCUGAAAUGAAACUCAAUUUACAAUCAGAUAUUAAUUUUUACGAUGGGAAUUCCUUAUGCAUGCAACUUUCUCAACCGGAAGUUACAGUAAUGCACAGUAUUUACAAAUACGAAAGAAUCAUUGGAGAAAACCAUCGAGUGAAAAGAAAAAAACAAUUUAAGAAAAUCGUGCCAGGUCGAUCGUUUGUAUUGAACAAAAAAAAUAACGACAUGUGCAAAAUUAUUUUUAGCUAA